AUGUUCGGUGAAACUGCAGUUCCAUUGAUCGAUACAGCAAAACGUACAAGAAAAACUCAAAGUGUUUCACUUUAUGAAGGAGAAAAAGUUCGUGAAAUUCUUGAUGAAAUAAGCAUUCUACAAGAACACCUUGAAUCUUUAAACGAUCAAGGUCUUGAUAGCAUAAACAGUUCUGAUUAUGAAUCAAAAUUAUUAAUUCAACUAGUUCAAAAUCAUGAUCUAAAAGUUUUAAAACUUUAUCAUUCUCAAAGAUCCGAAAAAAUCAAAUUUAUUGCAAUUCAAGAAUUACCACUGUCUCAAGAAACGAGAUUAAAAUUAUCUGAAAGAGAGAGAAUUUUCCAUUCAAAAUAUAGUGAUUUGUUGAGAAAGUAUAAAUGCGAAUAUCCACCUUCGCUUAAUUUAUCAGCUACUCUAGUACCUCCUAAAGAAGCUUUGACUGCUGUUCGAGUACUUAAUGAUAUCGGUGAUUUAAUGACACAAAAUGGCUAUGUCGAAUUUCGAAAAGGAACUCAAGCGAUUGUUAGGAAAGCUGACCCUACUAUCGAAAAAUUAAUAAAGUUGGGAUACCUAAAAAUAGUUGGAAAUAAGGAAUCUACAAUAAUAAAUCCAUUAUAA